AUGGUGACCAAUUUCUCCCAAGCUGAGGCUGUGGAACUGUGUUACGAGAAUGUAGAUGGAUCCUGCAUUAAAACUCCUUAUUCGCCUGGUCCUCGAGCUAUCCUCUACGCUGUGCUUGGUUUUGGGGCUGUGCUGGCAGUGUUUGGAAACUUGCUGGUCAUGAUUGCUAUCCUUCACUUCAGACAACUGCACACACCUACCAACUUUCUGAUCGCAUCGCUGGCCUAUGCUGAUUUCUUGGUGGGAGUCACAGUAAUGCCUUUCAGCACAGUGAGAUCUGUGGAGAGCUGUUGGUACUUUGGGGAGAGUUACUGUAAAUUCCACACAUGUUUUGAUACAUCCUUCUGUUUUGCUUCUUUAUUUCAUUUAUGCUGCAUCUCUGUGGAUAGAUACAUUGCUGUUACUGAUCCUCUGACCUACCCAACCAAGUUUACUGUGUCAGUUUCAGGAAUAUGCAUUAUUCUUUCCUGGUUCUUUUCUGUCACAUACAGCUUUUGGAUCUUUUACAAGGCCAACGAAGAAGGGAUUGAGGAAUUAGUAGUUGCUCUCACCUGUGUAGGAGGCUGUCAGGCUCCACUGAAUCAAAACUGGGUCCUACAUUGUUUUCUUCUAUUCUUUAUCCUCACUGUCGCUAUGGUGUUUAUAUGCAGUAAGAUAUUUAAGCAUCAGGCUAGGAAGAUAGAAAGUACAGCCAGCCAAGCUCAGUCCUCCUCAGAGAGUUACAAGGAAAGAGUAGCAAAAAGAGAGAGAAAGGCUGCCGAAACCUUGGGUAUUGCUAUGGCAGCAUUUCUCAUCUCUUGGCUACCAGACAUCAUUGAUGCAGUGAUUGAUGCUUAUAUGAAUUUUGUAACUCCUCCUUAUGUUUAUGAGAUUUUAGCGUGGUGUGUGUAUUAUAAUUCAGCUAUGAAUCCUUUGAUAUAUGCUUUCUUUUACCCCUGGUUUCGGAAGGCAAUAAAACUUAUCAUAAGUGGCAAGGUCUUAAGGAGUGAUUCAUCAACAACUAAUUUAUUUUCUGAAGAAGUAGAGACAGAUUAA